AUGAGGAUUGAGGAGACUCAGGAGAGGCCGAGGGCGAGGGGUGAGAGCUUGAGAGUGGAGGCUCGAGAGCCGUGUCGUACUGGCGUGAAGAAGACACCAAGUUUGGAUGCUCGACUGGCUGACAUAUGCAUCGGCACCUCCGCUGCUCCAACUUACCUUCCUGCCUUUCACUUCAAGAACUGCGACACCGAUGGAAAUGCCCGCACAUUCAAUCUUAUCGAUGGUGGUGUUGCUGCAAAUAAUCCGGCUUUAGUGGCAAUGAGCCAAGUAACGAAGCAAGUGUUCGAUGAAAAUCCAUAUUUCUUCCCAAUUAAGCCAAUGGACUAUGGUAGGUUUCUGGUGAUAUCCAUAGGGACGGGGUGCCCCAAGAUCCAGCAGAAGUAUGAUGCGAAGAUGGCAGCCAAGUGGGGGACGCUGGGGUGGCUGCUUCACGGCGGCUCCACCCCUUUAGUGGAUGUCUUCACCCAGGCCAGCGCCGACAUGGUUGAUUUCCACAUAUCCGUCCUCUUCCAAGCCCUUCAUUCCGAAAACAACUACCUCCGAAUUCAAGAGGACGCACUCACCGGGAAAGACGCAUCCGUCGAUGUUGCCACAAAGGAGAGCUUGAAGAAGCUUGUAAAGAUUGGGGAGAGGCUAUUAAAGAAGCCAAUGUCAUGGGUUAAUUUGGAGACCGGCUUGUCCGAGCCAGUUGAAAAUGGUGGCACCAAUGAGGAGGCUCUCAAAAGAUUUGCAAAACUACUUUCCGAAGAAAGGAGACUUCAGAUGACAAAGUCACAACAACCUAACAAAUGCGCUAAAUAA